UCCACAAGCUCAUAAAUGCUUGAACAUAUUGCCCAAUCCACUCAACUAAUGACCGAGAAAUGCAGGAUCCUUCAUUGUUCUCCCCAGCAUCUUGCUGCUGCCUCUUCUCUCUGCUCGCUCUCCUAGCAACAACCCACUUGACAAUGAGCGCAAACACCAUGGACAUAGUCAACCUAACCUGCGAAAAAUGCUCACAAGAAUCACCCGUCUUUAACUACACCUUCUGUUCGUUGUCUCUCCAAGCCGUCCCGUUGGAUUGCUUGAGGGAUUGCUUGGAGCUUUACUCGGAUGCAUCGAAGACGCUGGUAGAUGCAAUUGGGGCUCUCAUGGUAGGGAAAUACGGGGUUGCUAACAUGCGGGUGAGUGCGGCCAUGGAAGCAGCAACAACAUGUGAGGAUGGGUUUGAAGAGAGAGGAGAAGUUUGUGCACUGUCAGAGGAGAAUUAUGACCUGUUUCAGCUGUGUGAUAUUGCUCUAUGCAUCAUUCGCUUGCUUUCUUUAAGUAUCCCUUUUUAAGCAGUAAUGUACUACUUGACUUUGAUGUUCUA